UCUCACGUGACCUCUGUCAGCUGACUCACGGGAAAAAGCGGAAACUCGUGCUUUUCUGUUCAAGCUUUGUGUUGUGGAAAUGGUGCAAAUAUGACGGCUCUUUUACUGAAUAAACUCUCAGACACGGAAUGUCGUAAAUUGUGCCAUGCAGUGGUGGAUGGAGUAUGUGGACGAAAGCAGCCGCAAAGAGAGGAUUACAGCGCCAUCUGCAGUUUGGAUGAGUGGUUGGACCUGAACAAGUUCCUCUCCAGACUGUUUUGUUUAGCAGCUGGGGGUCACAGCUCUGAUGAGGAAGUGCUGGCUGCCCUGUCAGAGACCAAACAUAAGGAUAUAUUGUUGAGUGUUUUAAAAGCCAGACGCCAAGAGCUCACCCAUGCAUUACUGGACAAAACCACCUCCAUCUCCUCUGCUGUCCUCACUGACUUUGACUGGCAACUCAAGCUUGCUCUGUCCAGUGACAAGAUCUCAUCUCUACAGACUCCGCUGCUCAGUCUGAGUCUGGAUGUGAGGGAAAAGGGAGUCCUGCGUCCAGUUACCAUGGAGAUGACCCGAGAGGAACUUAACACUCUCAUCACUUCAUUAGAGGCAGCUAAUAAGGUGGUUCUACAGUUAAAAUGAGAACGUCAUAACUGAAGAGGCCAGAGUUAUUUCAAAAGAUGUAAUACCAUGUUUAAUUCAAUGUUCCACUGGUGCAUUUUUGUUUUUUUUAGCAGCAAAUAAUUUGUUUGUAACUGUAAAUAAAAUCUUAAAUAUCUUGUAAA